CAAAAAACCUUAACAGACAUUUUUCCUCUCCCUCUCUCCCAACUGAUCAUCUCUCUCCCAUGGCUGCUGCUGCUGAUCUCCCACCCAGCUUAUGCAGCUGCUCCUCCUUCACAUAUUACCUUCACUCCCUCUCCCAGACACCUCACCGGCUCCGGAAGAGAAUGUUCGCGACAUGGACUCCCAACCAAGAGAUGAACCAGGUGCGGCUUCGGUCGGGUGCAGACAUGAAAAGGAAGCUCCAGUGGUAUGAACUAACUGCCCUUGGGGUUGCCGGGAUGCUCGGGGCUGGUGUGUUUGCCACCACUGGGCAGGUGGCCAACUCUGUGUCCGGACCCUCUGUCUUCAUAUCAUAUCUGAUAGCAGCUGUCUCGGCCCUUCUAUCUUCUUUAUGUUACACCGAGUUCUCGGUCCAGGUCCCGGUCGCUGGAGGAGCAUUCAGCUACUUGAGAGUUACUUUUGGAGAGUUUGUGGGAUAUUUUGCUGGGGCAAACAUCCUGAUGGAGUACGUGUUGUCGAACGCCGCUGUUGCCCGAACCUUCACCAAUUAUCUGAGCCAAGCAGUGGGAGAAACUGACCUGAACCAUUGGAGAGUUAAAAUGCCCGGUUUGGCUCACGGCUCAGUUAUGUUGGACUUCCCCGCCGUCGCCCUCACUCUUCUCCUUACCCUCUGCCUCUGUCACAGCACAAAGGAGAGCUCUAUACUGAACCUGGUAAUGACGGUGCUCCACGUUGUGCUGUUCGGGUUCAUAAUAGUGGCUGGGAUCUGCAAAGGGAAUACCGAGAACUUGAUCAAGCCCAGAGGCUUGGCCCCAUUUGGCACGAAAGGCAUAUUUGAUGGGGCAGCGCUCGUCUACUUCAGCUACAUAGGCUUUGAUACCGUCUCGACGCUGGCUGAGGAGAUCCAAGAGCCUGUGAAGAGCCUCCCGAUGGGUAUUGUGGGCUCCAUGCUCAUCGUCACUUUUUUCUACUGCCUCAUGGCGCUCUCCUUGUGCAUGAUGGUUCCUUAUGACCAGAUACUCUCUGAAGUGGCAUUCGCAGCUGCUUUCGAGAAGAAUGGGUGGAAAUGGGCGAGCAACCUAGUUGGGGCCGGGGCAAGCUUGGGGAUAUUGGCAUCUCUUCUGGUAGCAAUGCUAGGGCAAGCAAGGUACCUUUGUGUCAUUGGAAGAGCCCGACUCGUGCCCUCUUGGUUGGCCCGGGUUCACCCUUCAACCGGUACCCCAUUAAACGCCACUAUUUUUCUCGGGAUUUGCACGGCGAUGAUAGCUUUGUUCACUGAUCUGACGCUGGUCUUCGAAAUGAUUUCCAUUGGCACCCUCCUGGUGUUUUAUCUGGUGGCGAAUGCUCUUAUCUACCGCCGCUACGUUAUCACCGGGACUAGCCAACCCCUCCACGCCCUUCUCUUCCUCUUCCUCUUGUUGUCGGGAUCACUCGGAUUCUCCAUCUCAUGGAAGCUCGAUCAACUGUGGGGCCUGACCUUGUUUGGAGGGUUCGUACUUGCCUUGAUCACCUUCUUCCACUACGGCCUGGGCAGCUCCAUGGGAAGUUCCACCAUGUGGGCCGUCCCACUCAUGCCGUGGCCAGCAGCGAUAUCGAUCUUCAUGAACGUGUUCCUGAUGACCACACUAAAGGUGCUUUCGUUCCUAAGGUUUGCGAUAUGGGCUUGCCUGAUUACUUUGUUCUAUGUGCUAUACGGGGUCCAUUCAACUUACCAAGCUGAAGAAGUGGAGAUGACCGUCAGACCUGAUCCCGUGGCGGUGAACACAACCCCGUGCCUCCAUCAAAAUAAAGUGGACAUCAUUCAAGUGCUAUAGCCUUAAUAGAUUGAGCUUGGCUUCUUCUUUUUUCUUUUUUCUUUUUUUUUGUGUGCACGUAAUAUCGGAUCUUUGUGAUUAAAUUCCCUAUAAGGUUUUGGGCAAGAUGUAAUUACAUUGGUAUUCCCACACCAAGCAAAUAGAAUAUGCCGACCACCUCAAAGGAGUUGGUUUGGUGGCUUUGAUGUAUAUUCUUUGUGAGAUAUAAUCAAUUAUAUUCGUGAAACUAUACAGUAUUUGGAUGAAACAAAAGCAUGAUCGUCUAAUAUAUGAGAAAUGGCAAGAG